AUGCUGCCGCAGAGGUUGAAGAAGGCGAUAACGGAUAAUCCUAAGAAGCUUGGGAAUUUGAUUGACCUCGUGAAUCUUCCAUCUACUCUACGUGACUUCCUUGGUCAAUCUCAGAUAUCCCGUCUGGGUUGUUUCAUACGUGUCUGGUCGUAUAUCAAGACCAACAAUCUUCAGGAUCCUAAGAACAAGAAUGUGGUGAACUGUGAUGAAAAGCUGAAGGGCAUUUUGCUUGGGAAGAAGCGAGUGGAGCUUGCGGAGCUUCCUUCUCUGAUCAAAUUGCAUUUCCCCAAAGAACCGAAGUAG